UAUGCAUAAGAUAAACUAUGUAGCGAUGUAGUGGUCGAAUGAGCUCCCCCUAGGACGAGUCAUUUGGGAGAAUCUGAGUUUGAUUUCUGGUAGGAACAAUUCUUGGCCAGACUUAACUUACCUUGCGACCGAAUUCUAGAUUACAAGAGCCUCAUUCUGCUAGUAGAGGGUUAAUACCAAAAAAUAAAUAAAAUAACUUAGCAGAACAUAAAACAAAUUGCCAAAAUCUAUCAAUCCAUCUUACAACAAGAACAUGUUAAGUCUACUCAUGGAAAUUCGAUUUGCUCUGCACCAAGUAAACCUCAUCCGUUGUACAUAAAACAAAUUGGUGUUCCACAAAAUGCAUUUAUGUUAUUUGAAUAUCAAAAUAUUGACAUCAUAUGCAACAUUGUAUAUAUUUAUCUACAUCUUUCUAAUACUUUUUAUCUUCUACCCUUUACACACUUUUCAAAAAUACACAAAUUAUUUGACACUGUAUUUGACAACACAUUUUUUAUGUCCAAACAUCGAAACAAUUGAAUAAAAUCUCUUAUUUUAUUUUAAUAAUUUUAUCUCAUUCUCUUUCAUGUUUGAUGGUGGAGAUACAACAAUGGAAAAAACUUGAGAAAAUUACAAUACAGAGAAUCAACUUUUGGUAUGACCAUUUUUCAUCUAAUUUCAUUAUUUAUUUACAAUUAUCAUUUUUUUACCUAAUCAAAGAUUAAAAAAUAAUGGAAAGAAAAAUGAGAGAUCGAAAAAAGAAAGCAGACAAACAUAGUAGGUAUCAAAUUAUAAUAUAGUUGGUACCCAAAAGAAAAAUCAAAUUCAUGAACAAGAAAGGUCACAUGGGAUGAAUUUACUAAUCAUACUAAUCAUAAUAGUUAAAUAUUCAAACCCAUAUACAGUCCCAUAAAAAUAAUAAUCAAGUCCAUAAACAUGGUCACAGAUAAAUUAUAAGUUCCUUCCACCAAAAUAAUCAUAUUCGAAACAUAACGAACACUAAAAACGGAUACCUCUCAAAACCGAAAUUUAAAUAUUGGUUGACCAUGUUACGAGAGUAUAGUUCCUUCUUCUAUAAACAACUCCUUAUAGUUAUGGAAUGAAUUAAUUAAUAUGGAAUAAAGCUCUCUUUGAAAAUGUUGGGUUGUAACUUGUAAGGAGAGUCUCACUAGAUUGAAUCGACACAUUUCACUCUGAGCAACCACCACUCAGAUAACUUUUGACACUACACUGUCAUCCAAAACCUUAAGGUACAUUAGGUUUAUGGAUUUUCUCAACUAUUGACUAUAAACUAACAGUUUAGCCAUGACAAAUAGAGCCAAAGUUAAAAACCUGUAUAAAAAUGUCUUUCACUUUCUAUGUAUUAUAUUAUAACAUAACAUUUGUUCUUGUCUAUCGUGCAGAUGAAUAGAAUAAUAUUCAUGCACGUUACUCUUCAAUAACGUCUUCUACUUUCAUUCAUUUUAUAAGAAAAACAUUAGUAAUGAUUCAUGCAUAUACAAUAAUAAUAUGAGAAAGGAAGAAAAAGUAUGAAAGUGAAACCACAGUCCACUUAAAUGUAUAUACUUUUUUCUAACAAAAAAUAUAAAAAUAUGACAAAUAGGCCACUUGAUGUACUUUUUUUAAAAAUAAAUAAAUAAAAUAGGACAAAUAAUAUGAAUUACACCAGACAAGAAAUAUGAAAUAAAUCACAUUUUAGAUCUCAGUUCUACACCUUUAACUGUAAGUUAUAUAAUUAAGAAUUGUAUAAAAACAAUGAAAAUCACAUGCAUAAUCGGAUUUGUAAUCUUUAUCUUCAAAAUGGAAUAUUAUUUUGUCUAUAUAAGAUCAUGAUGAAGUAAACAAAGGUCAUAGUGAGCAAAACCAGUAUCAGUAUGGCUACACAACAGUCUUUGCUAGACAAGCCUAGAAAAUCCAUUCCCAAAACAUUUUGGUUAAUCAUCUCUUUGAUUGCCAUCAUAAGCUCAUCAGCACUUAUUUUUUCUCAUCUCAACAAACCAAUCUCCUUCUUCAACCUCUCCUCAGCUCCCAAUCCGUGUGAGCAUGCUAUUGAUACAAAAUCAUGCUUAAGUCAUGUAUCAGAAGUGGUUCAAGGUUCAACCUUGGCCAACGACCACAAAUUGAGUACACUCAUAUCCUUAUUAACCAAGUCCACCACACACAUUCAAAAAGCCAUGGAUACGGCUAAUGUUAUCAAACGCCGAAUUAACAGUCGUAGAGAAGAAGUUGCUUUGAAUGACUGUGAACAACUAAUGGACUUGUCCAUGAAUAGAGUUUGGGACUCGGUGUUGACUCUAACUAAAGAUAACACUGACUCACAGAAAGAUGCACACACAUGGCUCAGUAGUGUACUCACUAACCAUGCAACUUGCUUGGAUGGAUUAGAAGGUACAUCUCGGGCGGUUAUGGAAAGUGAUCUUCAGGACUUGAUAUCCAGGGCUAGAUCUUCGCUUGCUGUGCUUGUUUCUGUUUUACCUCCAAAGGAUCACGACGAAUUCAUUGAUGAAUCAUUAAAUGGGGAAUUUCCUUCUUGGGUAACAAGUAAGGAUAGAAGGCUUUUGGAGUCUUCAGUUGGGGACGUAAAGGCCAAUGUUGUGGUGGCUAAAGAUGGGAGCGGCAAGUUCAAGACUGUGGUCGAGGCUGUGGCAUCUGCACCAGACAAUGGUAAGACAAGGUAUGUUAUCUAUGUGAAAAGGGGAAUCUACAAAGAGAAAGUAGAUAUCAGUAGUAAAAAGACGAAUGUGAUGCUUGUCGGUGAUGGUAUGGAUGCAACGAUAAUCACAGGCAGCUUAAAUGUCGUCGAUGGAACAGGCACCUUCCAAAGUGCUACAGUUGCUGCUGUUGGAGAUGGGUUUAUAGCUCAGGACAUUGGAUUCCAAAACACGGCAGGCCCAGAAAAGCACCAGGCAGUUGCUCUCCGCGUUGGCUCUGAUCAAUCUGUCAUCAACCGCUGCAAAAUUGACGCAUUUCAAGACACUCUCUACACACACUCCAACCGACAAUUUUACCGUGACUCCUUCAUUACCGGUACCGUUGACUUCAUCUUUGGAGACGCAGCUGUUGUGUUCCAGAAGAGCAAACUUGUGGCCCGAAAGCCUUUGAGCAACCAAAACAACAUGGUCACAGCCCAAGGUCGACUAGAUCCAAACCAGAACACCGCAACUUCAAUUCAACAAUGUGACAUAAUACCAAGCUCAGACCUCAAACCUGUGGUAGGCUCUAUUAAAACAUACCUAGGCCGCCCAUGGAAGAAAUACUCCAGGACCGUUGUGCUGCAGUCCGUCGUGGAUAGCCACAUUGACCCUGCAGGAUGGGCUGAAUGGGAUGCUGCUAGUAAAGACUUUCUGCAAACAUUGUAUUACGGAGAGUACAUGAACAGCGGAGCAGGUGCUGGUACCGGCAAGAGAGUGACUUGGCCUGGUUAUCAUAUUAUCAAAACUGCUGCAGAGGCUAGCAAGUUUACAGUAGCACAACUCAUCCAAGGUAAUGUUUGGUUGAAGAACACAGGAGUAGCCUUCAUUGAAGGCUUGUAGAAAUUGGCUCUGGCAAGUGUGUACUACUAUGUGUUUGUUUGGUUCUACUGUGAGAAAAAUUGAUUUUGGCAGAAUUGAUACUGUAAAAUUGAACCAAACAAGUUAGAAUCAAUAUUGGUCACUCUAGAAGUGGAACCAAACAUACACUAUGUUUUAGACGUUUCGCACGAAAUAAAAUAGAAUGCCUCAUGUUGUAAUGAAUUCUUCAGGUCUGGAAAAUAAACUUGUCUUUACUUUAUCCAA